GAGGCGUGUAAGGAUGUCGAGGAGUGGUGUGCGCCCAAUGUCUUAUGAAUGACCGCCGCUGGUUCAGGUUAUGUGACAUUGUGGCAGUUCAGGACACUUCAGCACCAAAGUGAGUUAAGUGUCUGGACUUGAGGUGGAGGCAGGUGAGAGGGGGAGGGUCGCUGGAUGAGAUGCGCCCCGGUUGUUGGUUUUACGCGGAGAGGAGCGCGGCGCACGGUUGUGUUUUCUGCGCAGUCAGUGUGUGAAGUCUCGUGGUGAGCUCCGUGGAUUUGCUUUGGAUUUAAACUGUGUCCGCUGUGGGUGAAACUCAGAAGACUGACACUUUCCACAUCAGGAAUUUAUUUAACUUUUUAGUGCUUUUAACGCAGGACUGCUCCACCUGUAUCUGCUCCAUCUGGACUCUUUCUUCUUACUUCAAAGUGCCAAAGUUUACAGGUGACUUUUCCUGCGCAUGAUGUACACAAUCACAAGAGGCCCCAGCAAACUUGUCACCCAGCGACGGACAGGCCCCACGCAGCAGCUUGACAACAAAAUAAACGACUUCAAGCACAAACAAACAUCCUGGAGUAUCCCUAACCUUCCUGCACCCAAGAUAGUUUUCAGCCGCCCGAACGGUAAGAAGUACCAUCACUCUGCUCCGGCUUUGCCCGCAGACAACCAGCAGGAAGAGAGCUUCUCAGCGGCGCACGAGGAAAACGUCAAAUUUGUCUACGAUGCCUGGCAGGAGGUGGUGCAGCAGGAGCAGGGGCCAGCGGAGGACCAGGGAGCAGUCCACUAUAAAGAAACCACUCCCAGCCCACACAUGGACAAUUUUGUGCCCAUAGAUCUGGAUGAAUGGUGGGCCCAGCGUUUCCUGGCCAAUAUAGACAAGCUAUCCUGACACUCUUCUAGGAUUUGUGGAUCUUGACGGAUGGUCAGGAGGACAGACCUGAAGCAGGAUGGGUCACAAAGGAGAGGAGGCCUGGGCAGGUGUUUCAGGUUUUAAAAAAAAACAAAUGUGGUUCAAACGGACAGACAGCGCUGGGACGCUUACAGACCACAGAGAAUCACAUCACUUGAACUCUUACCUUCUAACAAUCCAUCUCUUAAUAUACAGUCAGGAACAGACUGCACAGUGGAGGACGACAUCUCCAAGUUGAGGUUCCUCUAAUCUUUCUACCCUCACAACUGAGACGUCGUUACUUUGAAAUGCAGUAAAAUUUUGUUUUCAAAAAGC